AAAAAGGGGGCGGGAAAAAAAAUAAAGACGUACCGCAGGGUCCCAGCGAUAAUUUCACGGUGGUUCUUCCCGGUCUUGAAAAUUCAAGUGAGUAAAAUGAGGCGAAUUUCCCACGAGUCAUUGUGCGACCCGUAAUGGGAUAGGACUUUAAUGAAUGAAAGUUAAAAGUUUGCGUGCGGGAAACGAGCGGAACAGUUCCUUGCGAACAAUUGAAGUGUUACGUGAGACAUGAGCUUGCCACGUGACGUCAGAAAUUGUUUGGCAUUUUAUCAUGGGGAAUGAAAAUUGUUACUCGUUGUGCGGUGGCCGAUAAAAUUUUAUUUUUUCGAAGAAAUCAAGUCAUCGAUUGACGAGUGAAAUAAGGGGGAAGAGAGAAAAAGAGAAAGAAAAAAAAAAAAACAACAAAGUAAUGGUUACCACCGGGAUGUCGUUUUGCUACUCCGGUUCCCCGCACGGUCUGGAUUCGCUGGCGUACCAGCUCAAGUCGAGGGACAACGAUCUCAGAUUUUUAUUUCACCUGGACGCCCCAUGCGGAAUCAUAACUUUUAUCAUGUCAUCGUUCGCGGCGCUAUUAAUUGCUUCCGCGCUUAUAAGCAUCGCCACGGUCGGCAGAAACGAGAAAAUAUCCAAAAGGUUACAGGACGACGCCGAUCAGAAACUUCCGAGAAAGGAGAGCGUGUUGGAUAUCAGACCUGCGUAUAAUUGCAUUCACAAACACCUCAAGCAGACCGACGUCUUUCAAGAGAAAGCCAAGAGAACCCUGUGGAAGGAGCGGCUCGAGAUUGAAAUAAUGAACAGCAGAAUAUCUUGCAUGAACAAGCUCCUUAAUCCAGAGGCACCGAAAUCGCAAUGGCGAAAAUCAAGAUCACCGAGGGUAUUUUGCCGUAAUAUGGAGCCCGUGACGGCGUAACGAACGAUCGUCGACGCCGGACGAGAGAGAGAGAAAAAACCAAAAACGAACAAAAAUAAUUUGAAACAGAGAAGAAAAAGAAAGCGAGAAAAAAAACAAAGAAAAGUUCGCGGGAUGGCAAUCAAAAUUCUCAACGGGGUAUACGCCGGUCGGGAGAACGCGCGGUAAUUCACAGUGUUCGAUUUGUUACGGAUUAUUUAUCGUUACGGUAUUCGGAAGCUUUCUAUCACCACUUGCCCCCUUCGGACGUACGUGCGAACUGCGAGCACAAAUUUCGUUCGACAGUUGGACAAAGUUGAGUAUAAAAUAUGCACUUCGUCAUAACGUCACCGCACCGCACACCCAUAAAUACGACCCUCCAGCUGCAGCAGUUCCGCAAUAUGUGAACAUAUCCAACGUAAAUAUACCUGCGUUCCAUUUGAUUUUUAUCUUUUUUUUUUUUGUUACUCCUUCGCCGAUGCUUUACUUCCUGCGCCCCGAUGGCGUAAAAAUAUCCCAAGAUUUGGGUCUUCUUGGAAUUAACUUUUACUCGGAAUUAUACGCGAUUUUAUGAGGAUAUUUACGCAGGUGAUCCACCGCAUAUGGUACGUACAAAAACGUUGCGGGGAUGAUAUUUUGUUUUGUUUUUAUUUAUUUAUUUUUUUUAUUUUCUGCAAACGCACGGUGAAUUUUUACUUUCGGAAUAUAUAACGAACUAGCUGCGGCUAUAAUUAAGUUCCGGUCAUUGAAUCAAUACCAUCGAACUGUCGAAUGCACGUACAAUUUACCCUUUGCUACGAUUCACUAAUUACCGAGUGGAUUGAUUCUCCCGUUGCCAUUACCGGAGCCAAUCAAGCGUGGAACAUCUGCAGUAACAGAUGCGAAUUGAUCGGAUGAACCGUAAAAUUCUUGACCAAUUCGCGCCAGGAUAGAAUCGAAUCGCCGGAAAAUAGAGGACGCGCGGCUUGUAUUAUAAAUCGGCAAAGAUGAUGCGCGCGUAUACACGUGUAUAUGCAAUAACACACCUGUAUAUAUAUAAAUCUACAUAAAUACGUCAAACGAACGACAAAUUGUUGUGCCGUUUCGGAACGAGGAGUUUUUUUUGUUUUUUUUUAUUUUAUUUGCUUUUAAAUAAAAUGAAUGAAAAAAUGAAACAAUAAUAAUAAUCAUCGGACGGAGUUAAAAUAAAGCCACGUACGUACGUACGAAACGGCCCCCAUGCACUCGCUGCCGAAUGAACCAACCAGAUAACGUAAAUAUCCUACCAUGCGAAUAAAUUUCUCUCUCUCUCUCUCUCUCUCUCUCUCUC